AUGGCGGAUCCUCCAGUUGGGGCAGUGGUCCCACCAGCUCAGCCGGCCACUCCGCCCGCUUCCGCCGCCGCCGUUCCUCAAGCGUCCGCGCCGCUGAUUCAGCCCGAAAGGGACCGGCUGCCCAAGGAGAACGACGAGAUCGUCACAGAUUCGGGUAAGAAAAGUGGGGAGGAUGGAGAGAUGUCAAAAAGUGGUCAACUGAUAAAAUGUUCAGUAGGAAAUUUUGUACAUUUUGUCUGUUGACUACUUUUUGAUAUCUCCACUGACAGCUGAGAUAUAUCGCUUUGAACAGACACCGUUUGACACUUGUGAAAAUGUUUUUAUUCAAAACGAUGUAUCUCAACUACCGAUGCAAAUAUCAAAAAGUAGUCAACUAACAAAAUAUGCAAAAUUCAACGGGAAACAUUUUAUUAGUUGACACCUUUUCGAUAUCUCCACUGAGAAUUGAGAUACGGUGUUCCGAAUAGACAAAAGUUGUUAAGGAAAGCGGUACAAACUGGGGCCGGUGCUGGGCGACGGCGGCUACGGAACCGUCUUUCAGUCGCAGGACGACGACAUCAAAAUUGCGGUGAAAACGGAAAAAUUCAGCAAAUCGCAGCUGAAAAUCGAGAUUGUCGUGCUGAAAGCGGCGAUGGCGGCCAACUGCAAACACUUUUGCGAACUCAUCGAUUGUGUGGGUGCCCAGCGGCGACCGAGUUUAUAAAAUUGAUAUAUUGUAGGGGACGAAGGGAAAGGAUUUUGACUACAUGAUGAUCACUUUGCUCGCCAAGGACCUGCACAAACUGCGGUGCGAACUGCCCGAUCGCAAGUUCUCCAUCAACACCGCACUUCGCAUCGGAAUUCAGACACUCAAGGCGAGUUUCGGAUGGUUCUAGGCCACAUAUCUCAGUUGCGAGUAAAGAUAUCGAAAAGUGGUCAACUAAUAAAAUGUGCAGAAUGUCUUUUUAAACAUUUUCUCAGUUGACAACUUUUUGAUAUCUCCACCGACAGCCGAGAUAUUCGGUUACCGAGUGCUUGUCGGAUCCGAGGCCAUCCGGACAUUUUUAGACUCUUUGCGUAACUUUUAGAGCCUAGUUACCUGGAAUUAGUCGGAUCCUAGGCCACCCCUCUUCAUUUCAGGCCUGCGAAGAGCUGCACCGCAUCGGUUUCGUGUCGCGCGACGUGAAACCGGGCAAUUUCGCACCGGGCGUCAAGGCGAAUCGCCAGAGCCGCACAAUUUUCAUGUACGAUUUUGGGCUGGCGAGACGAUAUGUCGACAAGGUACAGUAACCCCCUCGGCGACGGACUACAGUAAUCCGUUUGCUCGUGUGCAGAACAAUCAGGUGAUCGCGUCGCGAAAAGAGGUCGGCUGGCGCGGUACGACUCGGUACGGCAGUCUGAACGCGCACAAACGACUGGACCUCGGCCGGCGCGACGAUUUGGAAAGUUGGUUUUACGGACUGGUCGAGAUGACACGUGGCACACUUCCCUGGCGGAAUAUUGUCGGUGGGUGAUGGGGAGAAAGGCGGACGGCGCGGAAUUUGUGCAAUUUCAGAACGGAGUCAUGUGCAGAGGGCGAAAGAGGCGUCGCGGACGACGGGCCGACAGCAGUUUCUGUUCGAGACGCCCGGCCAGUACGACAAGAUAUUCACGCUGAUCGACGGAUGGACGUUCGAGUCGGCGCCCGACUAUCAGGCGAUGCACAAGCUGCUCGUCGAGGUACGCUCGCCCGAAAACGUCGCGCAUUCGUGUCACGAGCGUUUAAGGCCCGCGAAGAGCGUCAUUGUCGUGAUCGUGAGCACUGGGACUGGGAAGACGAGACGGUCUCGACGACCAUCACCACCAUCACCUCGUUCUCGGACAAGGAACUGCGCGCCAAAGCGGAUCAGUACGUUUUGGGGAGAGACGUUCUGCAAAAACCAACAUUUAUCCAUAAACUUGUCGGCGAACAAAUGUGGAUAACACCGGUCUCCAGCAAGUGCGCCCCGCCGAAUAGAGCGAUACAAUGGCGCGAAAUUCGAAUUUUAACAGCAAAAUUUGUGUUUUUUGCCAGAUUAGCCACGAAAAAUGGAUAAUUUCUCAUUUGUCUCUCGAUAGACCGAUUGUAUAGGCUAUUACGAAUUUUUUAAGCGCAAGAGCGUCAAAUUUGGUCAAGUUGCAAAUCACAUUUAUCCGUUUGAAGGUUUUUAGCUAAAACUGCGUGAAUUUCAGUUGCUUUUCGGUAAUUUUCGCGGUUCGAGCGCUCAAAAUGCUUGUAUUUACGUGAUUUAUCAUUCUCAAAACCAAUUCUGUAGGAAAACGGUCAAGAAAGCGCAAAAUGAGAAGUGCAGUUUUUAGGCGGUGAUCGGCGGCGAAAAAUGCGCCAAAACGUCAUUAAUUCUGAGAAUUAGUGUGUUUUCAUGCCGAACAAUCAUUUUUCAUCGCCUUUGACCACAAAAAUCAGAGAAAACGUGCUCAAUUCAUGAAAACGCUCUGGAGACCGUGUAUACAACAAUAAGAACAAUUUCAGAUCGAAAUGA